AUGUCGUUCCAUUCGCACACCCCUUCCCGAUCGGUAUUCCCCAAAGGCCCGAGCUUUACACUUGAAGAUUUUUCAAGUCGCGACUACAUAGUCAAAGAGUUUAUUGAAGCCCUUUCUGAUUCAGCAACCUCAAACCGCCGCUCCACGCUUGGCCCUGCCGCCGGAAACCAGCCUUUUGAUCCCAAACCCCUCAUCCGGACUUUCGAACAUGCACAGCGACGCCUAGGCGAACUCUCCGGUGAUCUAGAAAUUAAGGAAAAUGAGUUGUCGGCGGCUGUUCGAAGGGCGGAAGCCCAGCAUUCACAAAACCUUAAUACCUUGGGCAAAAAGCUGAAGCAAGCCAUCGAGUCAUUCCAACAGCUGGACACAUCGCUCCACAGUAAUACCCCAGAGCUGGCAGGCUCGACUGGGAACAUGGCUGUGGAAACGGGGAGGAAACUUGAAGAAUUGGACCGGCAGAGACGCCGCGCGCUCGACGCACAUUUUCUGCUCCAAUGCUGGGAUGGAGUGAGCAACAGAGGGGAAAUCACACUUUUGGAAAAUUUGCGGCGGUCUGGCUCUGGCGAAGCAAAAGUACGGUCAGCGCAUAUCGCGCGACAAUUGCUACGGAUAAGCCAGAGGCUGGAUCCGAAGAGCUGGAGCGGGUCGCUUCAGAACGAAGGUAGCAACGGAGCUACGACGCCGAACGAAGCUACACCGAACGGUACCGGAUUCAGAUGGAACACGCGCGAAAUAAUUGAGAAAUUCUCCGAAACGCUCGAAAAGGACCUGCUAAAGCAAUUUGACGACUUUUACCGCAAGGCGAACUUUGAAGGCAUGAAGGACUGCGCCACUGUACUUCAAGAUUUCAAUGGCGGCGCGAGUGUUGUUGCCUUGUUCGUUAACCAACAUCAGUUCUUUAUUGACCGAAGUCAACUGGUUACAGAAGAAGUCGGAGGGGAUCCGGAAACAUGGGAGAGCCUCGCCGACCCCGAUGCUGAGCCAACGGGCGUUGAACCAAGCCUUCAAUCGUUGAUCGAUGAGGUCAGGGUUGUGGUGCAGGAAGAGUCUGCCGUUAUCAAACGAGCCUUUCCCAACUUCGAGCAGGUCCUUGGGAAAUUUUUACAACGGGUAUUUCAGCAAUCAAUCCAACAGAGGCUCGAAAUGGUUCUAGAGAAGGCGAAUAGUGUUUCAUCGCUAGCUUUUCUUCGGUCCUUGCAGAGUUCGCGCAGCUCCAUCAGCACCCUGGUAGAUGAAUUGAAAGCACAUGGGUUGACCGAGCACCCCGAGGCUAUUUCCUCUCAGACUUCACUUGUUCUUGAUCAACAGUUGGAAGAUCUGUUCGUGCCUUACUUUGUCGGCUCAUCCUACAUUGAGAGGGAAAAGAGGACACUUGAGGAGUUGUAUACCUCGCUACUGUUCAAAUUCACCACAUUUCAUGCCCGGAGAAAGAAAGCGACUACGACUUUCAUGGCGUCGCUGUCAAAAUCCGGUAGUGAACUUUUGGCAUCCGCUCGAGACGCCUAUAUAAACCGGUUGGAGUCUUCUGAAUUCUCUUCGACCCAGAAAAGUGUCCUACUUCAGGUUGCAGGCCUCAAAGAAUCCAACGAUCUUGCAAAACCCAGCGACAUCAAGUUAAGCGAGGAAGACGGCCUGCCCAGCAUCUCAUAUGCUAAACGAAUGCUGAAAUGGCUUGCAGAAGCAGUCGGUAGAGGAUUGGAGCUCAGCGUGAGCAGCGAAACACCCAAAGACAUGCUUACCUUGUUGAAUCUACUUCAAUCCCUUAUGGGAGAGGGUUACCUCGAGGUCUGUCUCGAUGCCGCUCUGGAAGCGGCGACAGCGCAAGAAUCAGGGAAGAGUGAACCCGAUUUCUCCUAUCUUCCUGCGGUCCGUGACUCGAUUAGCAUUGCUAAUCUAAUGGUUAUGUGCAUCAAUACUCUGCUCAUUCCCUUGGCGGCAAACAGUGUUACCAUCCGUCGCGAAAUGGAGAAAAAGACAAAUCUGGCAACCGUUCGCAUAGAAGAAAAAAUCAACACCACAGAGCAAAAGGUCAUCGACAUCACUCUGAUGUGGGUGAACAAGAUUCUGUCUGGCCAGAAGAAGAAUGAUUUCAGACCCAAGGAGGGUGACAGCACAGCUUGGUUAGAAAAGCUGCAGACGCCGACAUGUGCAACACUCUGUGCUUUCUUGACUCGUGCCCAUGAUAGCGCUGUCAACUCGCUCCCGGUCAGCGGCACCAAUGUGCGCCAACUACUUUCGGAAAUCGCUCUGGGGACUCGCAGUCUACUCCUAGAGCAUUUCAAACGGUUCGUGGUGAAUGGCCCUGGUGGGCUCAUGGUCACCAAGGACAUGACGCAAUACACCAAUCUACUCAAGUCGUGGGAUAUAGAUGACCAGAUUAAGGGCCCGAGUGGGAUGCUGGACGUGUUGCUUGAAGUCGGUAGCCUCUUUGUCAUCGGUACGGAGGCUUUGCGGGAGAGGGUACGCGGGCCUGAUAAUAUUACCAGUAGAAGGAAUGCUGGGGCGUCGGGGCGUGGCACUGAGGUUGGCCUUGGUGCGCAUGAGGUCAGAGCCUAUGUUUCCCGCAGGGAAGAUUCGAAUACGUCUGCGAUGCAGCAGAUCCUUAAUGUCUUAUGA